AUCGAACGAGACCUCAUGUCGGUCUUUAUUCUUCGGAUUUCAUUUGGGACACAAGAGGUUUUGAUCCUUAACCAUGGUGAACGGACGCAUCCCGUCCGUCUUUUCGAAGACAUAUGUAACCCCUCGUCGUCCUUAUGAAAAGGCUCGUUUGGAUCAAGAAUUAAAAAUCAUUGGAGAAUAUGGUCUCCGUAACAAGAGGGAAGUAUGGCGUGUCAAAUACACUUUGGCUAAAAUCCGUAAAGCUGCCCGUGAGUUGCUCACGUUGGACGAAAAGGAUGGCAAACGUCUCUUCGAAGGUAAUGCUUUAUUGCGUCGUUUGGUACGUAUUGGAGUGUUGGAUGAAUCCAGAAUGAAGCUCGAUUACGUGUUGGGUUUGAAAAUAGAAGAUUUCUUGGAACGUCGUCUGCAAACCCAAGUUUUCAAACUGGGAUUAGCCAAAUCCAUUCACCACGCUCGUGUUUUGAUCCGCCAGAGACACAUUCGUGUUCGCAAGCAAGUUGUUAAUAUUCCUUCCUUCAUUGUGCGUUUGGAUUCACAAAAACACAUCGACUUCUCCCUCAAAUCGCCCUUCGGAGGUGGACGUCCAGGACGUGUAAAGAGGAAGAACUUGAGAAAGGGAUCAGGCGGUGGUGCAGCUGCCGAGGAAGAGGAAGAUUAAGCUAUACACAUUUUAAAUGUAUAUUUUAUACAUUAAAUAAAAUCACAAUCGUCAAA